GGGUUCAUGGCUAUGACGAGCUUGGCGCCUGAAGAAGAAGAAGAAGAGGCCCCCGUGGAGAAUGUAGCGCCACCCCAGCAGGCGGCCACCACUUCUGAUCUGUUUAAUUGCCUUCACGCCAUCUUGAAUCAGUUCGAGGAGGCUGAAGGGGCUGCCGAUUUGGAGCUCCGGGACAAGCUCAGUGAUCUCUUCGCCGAAACGAGCAAAGUUCCUGCGCCUGCGGAGGAUAUCGAGAACCAGCUUAGCGAUUUGAGCGAGAGGAUGGGACUCUUGGAAGCCAAAGUCGCGGAAUUGGCCCAGGACGAAGAGGCCGAGAGCCUCUUGAGAGAGACUUCUAAGCUGUGGAUGCCAGUCAUCACGGGGGAGCGAUCAAACGCCAUGGCCUCGUCGCCUCCAGACGAAAGUAGAUAGUACUUUCAAAGCUCACACAUCUUUGAGGCUUCCAUUGACAGCUUAGCUUCCAAGACAUAGAUCCUCGACCAUCUUCGUACUUGAAGAAAGCUUGGAAGCCAUUCAAGAUGUCCAACAAGAUUCUUCGAGGACGAUAAUAACGUGUAACAAGUUGAGGUCGCUCGUCACAGAGCUCCUCUUUGUUCAGAGGGGUGAUCCAGGCCGGGAACAUGUUCGUGUUUCCUCGGGUCGUCCACUUUCAGCUCAACGUUGCGAAGGAGGUAGCUGUGGGGAUCGGCGCGUUUAACAGCCAGAAUCUGGGAACUUCCCAAGAGCGACGACGUGAUUGCCAAGGCGUUCCAGUUCUCGGAACGCGAGCUUGUGAGCGAGCUCAGGAAACUCAUAAUAGAAGUACCUGUGUUAAGACGCUCU